UCCCGAGCAUGGGGGAGCCGGCGCUGGAGUCCCGGCUGGUCCACACUCUCGCCGUCAGCGCCGCUAAAACCUCCCGCUGCCUGUCCCUGUCUCCCUCCUUCCAGCGCGGCUUGUUCACGUCCUGGGUGAAGGACAACAUCAAGAAGAAGGAGUGCUGCUUCUACGCAGAGGAUCCGAGUAAGGGGGUGUGUAAAUGUGGCUACCCCAAGAUUCACCAUGCUGACGAUGCCAUCAAGCCGGACGAGUUCAUUGGGGAGUCUUGGGACAAACACCGACACACCCGGGAAGUGCCCACUGACGCCUUUGGGGACAUCAGCUUUGGCGGCCUCGGGCAGAAAGUGGGCAAGUAUGUACGCGUGUCCACGGACACCUCCCCUGAUGUCAUCUACCAGCUGAUGACAGAGCAUUGGAAGCUCCAAGCACCAAACCUUCUCAUCUCUGUCACGGGCGGAGCGAAGAACUUCUACCUGAAGCCCCGGCUGGAGGAGAUGUUCCGCAGGGGGCUGAUCAAAGUGGCUCAGACAACAGGUGCGUGGAUCUUGACGGGGGGCACGCAUACAGGUGUGAUGAAGCAUGUGGGGAAGGCGGUGCGGGACUACACUCUGAGUAACAGCUGCACAGAUGAUCAGGUCGUGGCUAUUGGCGUGGCCACCUGGGGGAUCGUGCACAACCGCCAUGUCCUGGUGAACCCCGAGGGCUGCUUCCCAGCUCGCUACUCCCUGAAUGAGCAAAGCCAAGGCAGGCUGUCCUGUCUGGAUGUCAACCACUCCCACUUCGUGCUGGUAGACAACGGAACGCACGGGAACUACAUGGUGGAGAUCGCACUCCGCAGCCAGCUGGAGAAGCUCAUCUCCCAGCAGCCACUGGGAAACAGAGAGAGUGGGGUGAAGAUCCCAGUGGUGUGCGUGGUGCUGGAUGGUGGACCGGGGACCCUGGAUACCAUCUACAACGCCAUGCUCAACGGUACCCCCUGCGUGGUCCUUGAGGGCUCUGGGCGACUGGCUGAUGUCAUCGCCCACGUGGCCGAGCUGCCUGUCUCUCAGGUCACCCUGGCCCUCAUCCACCAGCUGAUGAAGAGGUUCUUCCGCCAGGAAUACAAGGACUUCAAGGACCUGAAGUACAUUGAGUGGACAAAGAAGAUCCAGGACAUCCUCAGGACACCCCAGCUGCUCUCUGUGUUCCGCAUUGACGAGGAAGGACAGAAUGACGUGGACAUAGCCAUCCUCAAGGCACUCCUGAAAGCCUCCAGGACCAGUGACUCCCUGGGUAGGGAAAACUGGGAGCGGCAGCUGGAACUGGCAGUGGCGUGGAACCGCGUGGACAUCGCAAAGAGCGAGAUCUUCACUGAGGAGAGCCAGUGGAAGUCUAGUGAUCUGCACCAGGCCAUGCUCACAGCGCUGGUGAGCCACAAGCCGGAGUUUGCGAAGCUGCUGCUGGAGAACGGGGUGUGUCUGCAGGAGUUUCUGGGCAUCGACACCCUGUCUGAGCUCUAUGCCCACCUGCAGCCAGGCUGCCUCUUCCUGCGCAGGCUGGCCAAACGCCUGCAAAGUGACAAGGGUCGCCGGGGUCAGCCCGAGCCCCCGGGCAGGAGGAGGAUGUCUCUCUGCCAUGUGUCUGCUGAGGUGCGCCAUUUCCUGGGCAGCUUCACUGCGCCCAUCUACCAUCCACCGCCAGCCCGUCCCCGCAUCGAGAUGCCCAAAGAUGACAUUCGUGUGACGUUUCCACCUAAAGGUUCCACGGAGCUCCAGGCCAUGCCCCCGUCAGAGGCGGAGAGAGGCACGGAAAGGGUGCGGGACCCUGGGAGGGACCUCUUCCUCUGGGCCAUUGUGCAGAACAGGAAGGAGCUGGCUGAGAUCGCCUGGGAGCAGUGCAGGGACAGCAUGUGUGCAGCACUGGCCGCCAGUAAGAUCCUGAAGAAGCUGGCACAGGAGGAAGAUGAUGAGGGAGAUGAGGCGGACAGGAUGAGGGACUUGGCUGAUCACUACGAGAAACAGGCCAUUGGUGUGUUCAGUGAGUGCUACAGCCAGGAUGAGCCACGUGCCCAGAAGCUAUUGAUCCGGAUAUCUCCAUCCUGGGGCAGAACUACUUGUCUGCGUCUGGCUCUGGAGGCCGAUAACAAAAGUUUUGUAGCCCAGGCAGGAGUGCAGGGACUGCUGACCCAGAUCUGGUGUGGGGAGCUGGCGGUGGACAACCCCCAGUGGAAGGUGCUGCUCUGUAUGUUGUUCUUCCCUCUUAUCUACACGGGCCUGAUAACGUUCAGGCGUGAUGAAGACAUUCACAAGGAGACUCAGCGGUACGAGGAGAUACGCAACAUGGAGAACGUGACAGGGAGCACUUGUGACGCCAGGAUGAAAUAUCAGAUACAUGACUACCUGGAUCGUGCAGACCUGCGGCCGCUGAAGUGUGUGUCUCGUCUGGUCAGCUUCUUCAGCUCGCCGCUGGUCAAGUUCUACUGGAACAUCGUGUCUUACUUCGGCUUCCUGUGGCUCUUUGCUUUUGUGCUGAUGAUUGACUUUCAGACCCAGCCCUCCUGGAAGGAGUAUUUGCUGUAUGUGUGGCUGGCCUCGCUUGUCUCUGAGGAGGUCCGCCAGCUGUUUGAUGACCCAGAUGGAUUUGGGUUUCGGAGGAAGGCCAAGAUGUACAUCAAUGACCUGUGGAACAUUCUGGAUGUACUGUCCAUCGUCCUUUUCCUUAUUGGACUGGCCUGCAGGUUGACAACAACUGUGUUCUAUGCUGGGAAAGUCAUCCUCUGCAUCGACUUCAUUGUCUUCUGCCUGCGUUUGAUGGCCAUCUUCACCAUCAGCAAGACUCUGGGCCCCAAGAUCAUCAUUGUCAGGAGAAUGAUGAUGGACCUGUUCUUCUUCAUGUUCCUGCUGAGUAUUUGGGUUGUGGCAUAUGGGGUGGCCAAGCAGGGAAUCCUGAUCCACAACGAAGAUCGGCUGAACUGGAUCAUCCGGGGCGCGGUCUACGAGCCGUACCUCAUCAUAUUUGGGAAUGUUCCUACCAAUAUCGACAAUGUGGAGUUCGACAUGAGCACCUGCAGUGUGAAUGGCAGUGACCCUCUGAAGCCCAAGUGCCCUAUCCUCAAUUCCAACAACAUGCCGGCCUUCCCAGAGUGGCUCACCAUCAUCCUUCUGUGUGUGUACCUGCUGUUUGCCAACAUCCUGCUGCUCAAUCUGCUCAUCGCCAUCUUCAACUACACAUUCCAGGAAGUGCAGGACAACACUGACUGCAUCUGGAAGUUUCAGCGGUACGAGCUGAUCAAAGAGUACCACAGCCGGCCAGCUCCACCCCCACCUUUCAUCCUCCUCAGUCACCUGUACCUGCUGAUCAAGCGCAUGGUGCUUCGCCGGCCCCCGCAGAAACACAAGCAGUUCAGAGAAGAGCUGGAGCAGUCAGAGGAGGAGGAGCUGCUCUCGUGGGAGGCCUUCAUGAAGGACAAUCAUUUGGCCAACAGCCGCCGGGACUGGAAUCAGAGCAUGGAGCGCCGCAUCCAGGACACUGCUGACAGGGUGGGUGUUAUGGUGGAACAGCUGGAAGGAGAGCGUGACAUGGCAAAGAGGAUGUCCAGCCUGGAGGCACAGGUCUCUCAGUCCACCAAAGCUCUUCAGUGGAUAAUAGAUGUCCUCAAAGCCAAGGGUUACCAGUCUAAAGAAGACGCCCCUUCGCUCUCCUUGUCAGGUAAGGGCAAGGACAGAGACCAAGCAGAAUCCAGGCAAGAGCUGAAGACAGAGAGGACACGGUAUCACGUGAACGCCCGCCGCUUCCGCUACCCCGGCAGUACCGUCGAGCGCUUCCCAGUGCCAGAGGAGAAGGUGCCCUGGGAGGUAGAGUUUGACAGUUACAGUCCUCCCACUUACAAUGCUGAGAAAAUCCCCUCUAUUCAGACAGAGCAGGCUGGCCACUCUGACAUCACAGCUUUGGAAAAAUUCAGAAACCCAGAGGGACGAACAGGGAUGAAGGGGAGAGGGGCACUGGAUCAGCUGGGGCCCAACCUCAUUCUGGACCCAGUCCUCACACGCUGGCGGGACAGUGAGCACUCAGCAUUGGAGUUCCUGGCUGUGUGGGAUGAGAAGGAGGGCAUCUGGGCAAUACCUGGGGGGCCUGUGCAGGAAGGGGAGCCUCUGCCUCAGAGGCUGGAGAGAAUACUGGGCAGGAAGCUGUACGAGCAGGUCAAAGCCAGAGUGGUGGCAGGAGCGGAGAUAAACAAGGUGUAUGAAGGUUACGUGGACGAUCACAGGAACACAGAUAAUGCCUGGGUGGAGACAGCUGCUUUGAAUAUACACUUUGAUCGGAGGGGUUUGUUGAUGGCUGACCUGAACCGUAUGGCUGAGAACAGCAUGGCUUCAGCAGAGCUGGUCCGCUGGCAGGAAAUGAGCAGCAAGACACCGGUGCGUGCGUACCAGAAAGAAGUCCUCCGCCGUGUUGGAGACCUGCACAGCAUACGAAUCUGAUGGUCCACCUGUCACAAUACCGCAAGGACAGUACAGGCUGCCAACAAUCCCUGGAGCACUUUCACAGUGAAUUCAGAUGUGUACGGCACU